CUCCAGUCCUCCUAAACUUCAGCGUGUUUGUGUGUGUCGGUGUCCUACGCUGGGAUGAUGGAUGGCAGAAGUGCAGAAACACGCCAGCAGCAGCAGCAGAGGCUCCUAACACUUUUUUAAACUCUCUCCCCUCCAAACUAUCAUCAAUGAGACUCCUCGGAGGAAGAAGGGAAAAGAGCCAAGCUGCAGCCGGGAUUUGUGGCGGCGGCGGCCGCAGCAGCAGCUUUUAAAAAAGGCACCAAAAGGAAGGACGUCUGGAAAGUCCCUCCCACGCCUCCCCAAGUUUAUGAUGGGGGGCUGAAUGAGCAGCCCUGCUCCGGAGCAGCUGCUGGCACAGUGAAAACUUCCCGGGUUCUCUCUUUGGGUAAAGUUUAUUUUUGAUGAUUAUCCCUUUCUCUUUGGGGUGCCUGUGUUUGGAGAGGGAGAUUGAGGAGGGGGCUGGGAAGUAGGGACGAAAUUUCCCUCAACUGCGCCGGAUCAUGCUUCCCUAGCACAGAGGGAGAGUCCCCUGCUGCCAGUGUUAGGCGCUGCACUUUGCCAGCAGGGUUCCUGAGCUGGAAUAUGCGCAUCUAAGAUGGAAACUUCCGCUUCAACUGCUGCUGGGAAAAAAGAAGGGAAAGGUGCAAUUCUGGAGGGGAAUGGCUUUCCUGAAAUGGGGAAGAAACCUGCUCCCUUAGCAGCAGCAGCACAAGGAGUUCCGCAGCACGUUUUUCCAGCGUUCCAUGCUCCCUUGCCAAUUGACAUGCGUCACCAGGAAGGAAGGUACCAUUAUGAACCUCACUCCAUCCAUGCUAUUCAUGGGCCUCCUACCCUCAGUGGCAGCCCCGUUAUCUCCGACAUCUCCCUUAUUCGCCUUUCUCCUCACCCAGCAGGACCUGGUGAAUCGCCUUUCAACCCCCCUCACCCGUACAUGAACCCCCAUAUGGAACAUUACCUCCGCACCGUGCACAGCAGUCCCACUCUCUCCAUGAUCUCUGCCGCCAGAGGCCUCAGCCCUGCUGAUGUGGCUCAUGAGCAUCUAAAAGAGAGAGGCCUCUUUGGUUUGCCCCCUCCCCCUCCAGGAGCCAACCCUGCCGACUACUAUCACCAGAUGACGCUCAUGGCCAGCCAUCCGAAUCCUUACGGGGACCUCCUGAUGCAGAGUGGGGGAGCAGCUAGCGCGGCGCAUCUUCAUGAUUACCUCAGCCCUAUAGAUGUGUCAAGAUUUUCAAGCCCAAGGGUUACUCCAAGAUUAAGCAGAAAGCGAGCCCUCUCCAUAUCCCCGCUUUCUGAUGCCAGCAUUGAUCUUCAGACAAUGAUCAGGACCUCCCCUAACUCCCUGGUGGCUUAUAUUAAUAACUCCAGAGGUAGUUCUGCAGCUAGUGGCUCCUAUGGCCAUUUAUCUGCCGGGGCAAUAAGUCCAGCAUUCAGCUUCCCCCAUCCCAUUAACCCAGUGACUUACCAGCAGAUCCUGAGUCAGCAGAGAGGCUUGAGCUCAGCAUUUGGACAUACGCCUCCUUUGAUCCAGCCUUCCCCCACGUUCCCUCCACGACAACACAUGGCAGUUAUCUCUGUCAACCCAGCUCCUGCUCAGAUCAGUAAUAACAACAGCUGCAUAUCUGACUCUAAUCAGAACAAGCAGAGCAGCGAGUCAGCCGUGAGCAGCACAGUCAAUCCCGUAAUUCACAAGCGCAGCAAAGUCAAGACUGAAGUUGAGGGUAUGCCACCAGCUUCCCCAGCCACACAGGAGCAUCUGACAGACCUGAAAGAAGAUCUAGAUAAGGAUGAAUGUAAACAGGAGCCUGACGUUAUUUAUGAGACAAAUUGUCACUGGGAAGGGUGCAUAAAGGAAUAUGACACGCAGGAGCAGCUCGUCCAUCACAUCAAUAACGAUCACAUCCACGGGGAGAAGAAGGAGUUUGUCUGCCGCUGGCAAGACUGCACUCGGGAGCAGAAGCCAUUCAAGGCUCAAUACAUGUUGGUGGUGCACAUGCGAAGACACACUGGAGAAAAGCCACACAAGUGCACGUUUGAGGGUUGUUCCAAAGCCUAUUCCCGACUGGAGAACUUAAAGACACACCUGAGAUCUCACACUGGAGAAAAGCCGUACGUCUGUGAACAUGAGGGCUGCAAUAAAGCCUUUUCCAACGCUUCAGACAGAGCAAAGCACCAGAACAGGACGCAUUCCAAUGAGAAACCCUAUGUCUGUAAAAUCCCGGGCUGCACAAAGAGGUACACGGACCCCAGUUCCCUCAGGAAACACGUCAAGACUGUGCAUGGGCCCGACGCCCAUGUCACGAAGAAGCAGCGCAACGACGUUCACCCAAGGCCGCCUCCCCUCAAGGAAAAUGGCGACAACGAAGCAAGUGCCAAGCAGAGUAGCAAGGUGUCAGAAGAAAGCACCGAGGCUAACAGUACCACCAGAGGCAUGGAGGACUGCUUACAAGUCAAAACAAUAAAGACUGAGAAUUCUGUGAUGUGUCAGUCCAGUCCUGGUGGCCAGUCAUCAUGCAGCAGUGAACCAUCACCACUUGGUAGCACCAACAACAAUGACAGUGGAGUAGAAAUGAACAUGCACAGUGGGGGAAGCCUGGGAGACCUGACCGCACUGGAUGACAACGCUCCUGUUGUGGACUCGACAGUCUCAUCGGGCAAUUCAACAGUCAGCCUUCAGCUAAGGAAACACAUGACAACGAUGCAGCGACUUGAACAGCUCAAGAAGGAGAAACUCAAGACGGUUAAGGAUUCCUGCUCAUGGGUGAGCCCAGCUCCACAAGUCAGAAACACCAAGCUGCCUCCCAUACCAGGAAAUGGCUCUAUCCUAGAAAAUAUUGGUGGUUCCUCGGCUACACUGCCUAAUCCUAGAAUAACGGAGCUGUCUGUAAAUGAGAUUACGAUGCUGAAUCAGCUCAAUGAACGCCGUGACAGUACAACAAGCACCAUCAGCUCAGCCUACACUGUAAGUCGCAGAUCAUCAGGGAUUUCCCCUUAUUUCUCUAGUCGCCGUUCCAGCGAAGCUUCGCAGUUUGGGAAUCGUCCCAACAACACGAGCUCUGCCGACUCCUACGACCCGAUUUCUACGGACGCGUCACGCAGAUCAAGCGAAGCCAGCCAGUGUAGCGGCAUACCUGGCCUUCUCAACCUCACGCCAGCUCAGCACUACAGGCUGAAAGCCAAGUAUGCUGCUGCCACAGGGGGCCCUCCUCCCACACCUUUACCUAACUUGGAAAGAAUGAGUCUGAAGACCAAGAUCUCUCUUCUCGAUGGGCCAGAUCCUGCAUUGCCUUCAUUUCGCCUCCCUCCUGGGCCAAGACGCUGCAGCGAUGGCAGCACGCAUGGGUACGCAGCAGCCCUGUCCUUUCCCCAUGACGCGUCAGGUAACAACACAAGACGCGCAAGCGAUCCUGUGAGGAGACCCGCCGCAGACCCACUGUCCCUCCCGAGAGUCCAUCGCUUCAACAGCACCAACAGCAUGAAUCCCCUCCACCCACCACAUCCUGCGGACAGAAGGAACUGCAGCCUUUCAAAUUACACACGCUCUGAUGGCAGCCUUCCCAGGCACGUCUAUUCACCUCGACCUCUGAGCAUUAGUGAGAAUAUUGCCAUGGAAGCAAUGUCAGGUGAGACAGAGGGCCCCAUUGGAGAAGAUGACAUUAUGUUGCCAGAUGAUGUAGUGCAAUAUAUCAAAUCUCAGAACAAUGGGGCAGCUGUAGAAAAUGCUUCCAUGGGGUACAGUAAUGAAAUGCAAAACUUCCAAGGCAGUGGGAAACUGCAACAUCCGAACUUGUUUAGCCAGCGCAGGAUGGCUGGAACUGAUGCAAGCAUGAACCAUUUGGGUCCAGGGAUGGCAGAGUGCCACAUGAGCUUUGGCACUCCCUCGAACAUGAGCAAAAACAACAUGCCCGUCCAGUGGAAUGAGGUUAGCUCAGGUACCGUUGAUGUUAUGUCUAACCAAUCGAAGCAACAGUUUUCUCAAGGAAACUUAGCUGUUGUCCAGCAGAAGCAGAACUUUGGUCAAUAUCAGAACUUUAACCAGCAGCAAAUGCAGAUGAGUCAAAGCGGUAUGAACGUGACACAGCAGAAUUUUAUGCAAAGAAAUGUGAGCAUGGAUGGACAAAGGCUAAACUGUAUGCAGCUGAGGCAGCAGCAGCAGAUAAAUCCAGGACCUAAUAUGAACUCUGAUCUGAGCCUGCACCAAGGGUAUAACCAGGCUCAUCAAAUGCUUAGCCCAAAUGCAAUCAGUGGAGAUCCAAACCAGCUUUCUCCUUCUUGUAGCAACAUGGUAGUGAAGUCUGGAUCCCACGUUCAUCCUCAGCAAAUGGACGUUGCAACGGAUCCCUCUUUAAUGGUCAACAGUAAUAGACUGACUCAGGUCAUGCAUGAACAAAGUCAGCAGAACUAUUCAUCUCAGACAAAUCCCAUGAAUUUCUCCAUGACUCAGGAGGUGUUUUAUCAGCCCCCUUCUUUAAUGACCUCAAAUCAGCCAAACUUUGAGCCCCAACAAAGCAUAAUGGGUUCAGCUGGCCAGACCUACACUCCUGGAAUGGUACAGCCUCAUCCUCCACCUGACCCUAAUCCAGUAAACAGACAUCGAGGGAUACGCAACAUUCAGCAACUAGGUUACAUGAGAACUCCGCACGCUACUAAUACCAUGAGCCCUGGCCAGGAAACAGCAGAGGCCACUCCGAAAAGAACCAACAAUAUGGUGUCAAUCCAGGCUCAGCAAUGUGCAAACAGCACGAGGGAAAACAAUAUGAUGUACUAUUAUGGUCAAAUCCACAUGUAUGAACAAAAUGGAAACUUUGAUAACCAUGUGGACUGUGGAGUGGGACAGCAGCAGUGUGCCUUGAAUAUCAAGCCAGCUGCCAUGCCUUCUCCUGGAGCUAACCAGGUGUCAAGCACAGUGGACUCACAGGGUCUGGAGCCUGCUCAGAUAGAUUUUGAUGCCAUCAUGGAUGAUGGAGACCAUUCAAGCCUGAUGUCAGGAACCCUCAGCCCUAGCAUUCUGCAGAAUCUCUCCCAGAACUCCUCUCGCCUUACAACUCCACGGAACUCUCUGACACUGCCGUCCAUACCAGCUGGAAUAAGCAACAUGGCGAUAGGCGACAUGAGCUCCAUGCUAACCACCCUGGCAGAAGAGAGUAAAUUUCUUAACAUGAUGUCCUAAUGAUAAAGCCCCAUGGUUUGUCCCAGGGACUUUACACAAAGCAGUUUUAUGAAUGUGCUUUUUAAAAAUAAUCCGUUUCUAUAGAGUAGCAUUUUUGACAAGUAUUAAAUACAUUAAAAGGAUUCAAAGUAAAAAAUGUCUCUGCACAGACUUGUAUAAACUAUCUAAAAGCAGUUUAGCACCAAAAGAGUGCAACCUCAAGUAUUAUUUUUUGGCUUGGUUUUUCAAGGGUCUGAGCAACGCCACCACCAAAUGAGACUAUUGCAUAAGAAUGGUUAAAAAUGAAAUCUUUUCCUCCAUGUUUGCCACCUCCCUGGGUUUUCUUUUAUUAUGUCUGCAAAAAGAAAAGACCAUUUCUCAGUGCAUGCCAGAAACAAACGGAGGGGUGUCUUUUUGAGCUGAAUAAAAGCCAUACUGCAUAUUCUGCUCCAGUGAGAGAAGCAUUUAGUUACAUCUCCCAAAAAGUCCACUCCCAGCAGUAUCAUUUUGAACAGUUCUUUGUUCCUUGCGACUUCGUAGAAAAGUAUCAGUUCCCAACAGCGUCUCAAAAAAGUGCCUUACUAUGCUUUAGUGUUAAGUAGUCAAGGCCUCUCUUCCACUGAAAUCAAAUAUAGUGUAUAUAAAAUCAAGAGAAAUUUAUAAAGCAUAGCAGUGUUUCGGAAAAACAUCAGAAAGAUACAUUGAUGGGACACAUGAAAGAUUAAUGCCCCCUUUUGUCAGAUGUGUUUGCAAUAUGGUUUAUAUCAUGGGUAGAAUGUAGCAGAGGCCUGAAAAUACCAUUCGUCUGAAAGCAUCUCUAAUGGCAGGAAGGCCCCAAUCCUGCAAAGGUUUAUGCAUGUGCUUAACUUUAUGCCCUGUCAGUAGUGACUUCAGUAGAAUAGUGACUUUCGUCUGAGGCCUUAAACAAUUUGUGUAAAUCAGGGGGUUAUAUAGGAAUUAAUUCAGGGAAGCCUAUGGUCUGUGUUGUACAGGGAGUUGGACUAGAUGAUCACAGUGGUCCCUUCUGGUCUUAAACGCUGUGAAUCUAUGAAAAUCGCUAAUGGGGCUUCACAACAGCUCAGCUCUAAUUUUUCCUCAUCAGGGUGAUGGGGGGGCAUAUAAUUACUUAGCUAGCUUACGAUUUGUCUACACAAACAGUUAGGUCACGGCAAGCUGAGGUGUGACUCUACCCCGCACUAGCCUGCCUCAGACUAACUAUCCAUGUGGAUCUUGCUGAUGCACAUUAACAGUUCUUCGUGCACUUUGAUCUGGUCCUCUUUGAAACGGGACUAGAUCCAAGCGCACCGACGAACAGUUAAUGCAUAUCAGCAGGGCCUACCUUGCAAGCUAGUGCAGGCUUGAUUCGAUUCACACCCCAACUUGCCACUAACUAAAUGUUCAUUAGUCAUUAAGACAAGCCCUUAGUCAAAUGUCUGGGAUUUGUAGUGGGCUAUCAGAGCUGUGGGUGAAAGCCUCUCUGAAAAUUACCUGUUGGGGUGAAUAGGAGGAAUCUAACCACAAGAAAAUCCUCCACAAAAUAUAAGCUGGCUAACAGUUUUUGCAAUUUUAGGGCCUGAUCCUGAAGUUAGUGGAAAGACUCCUCAAUGUAUUAUUUAUUACUGUUGGUAGACAAAAGGGUAAACACAGUGAAAACAGACCUCACUGAAAUUUACCACAUCUCAAAAAGACAAUUCUUUUCUUCCUAGUAUUAUAGUGUUAAGUAUGUCAAGGGGAAGGGUACACAUGUGAAAUUCCCUCCUGAUUCCAGACACCCUGUGUGCUGAACUUUAAAAAACUAAACCAAAUGUGCAUGAUAUCGCGUCAGCAGGGCUCUGUCCUUUCCUGCUCAAUUGAUGGCCAACUCUUUACUGAAUGUGGCUCAGUUCCACCUGCAAACUGCAGCUCCCAUUGGGUGCUUUUUAAAGGUGCUAACGUUGGCUUUCUACAAUCACUGCUCUCCUUUUGCACACACCAGUGCCACACAAACUGCACUGAUGCUAGCAUGGCUUGUGGCCGUUGCACGAACGCCAGUCAUUAUUCCUGCCCAAAAGUUGUGAUGCCAAAUACCCCAGAAGACCACACAUAAACAGAAUAUACAUUUACCAUCGGACCAGAGUGCAAAAGCCUUCCUAGUGUUGGGCAGUACCCUACUCCACGUAUUGUCCUAUUAAUUCCAGUGGCACUGCGUGGAGAGUUAGGGGUGAGUGAACAUAGCAGAACCUGGCCCACCCUAAUUCUUAAAUAAAAAGCUUGGGUAAACAAAGCAUGAUGGGCUUGAUCCUGCCUUCCUCACAUAUCCUAAAACCCUUUUGAUGUCACUGGGACUCCUGGCUGUGCUAGGAAAGCAAGAUCAGGCAGGGCAGCUGUUUGCACUUGUGCCUAACCUAGAAAGAUGAAUUUAAAAUGAUUGGGCUUUUUGAGUUCAUGGUACAGACUGACCUGCAGUUACCUCACCCUUGCAUUUGAGGAAAGAGGGCAGGGCACAAUUUAGGACUCUAAGCCAUACUGGGCAUAUGGAGUCACACUUUGGGCCUCCCAAAUGCUGCAACUGAUCAGGCCCUUGUGUCUCCAUUGGCUGUUGAGCUGAUUUAUUCAGUGGAUGCAUAUGAGAGUGCUUGUUAGUGAGCCCCACUUCAGGCAACACGUGUAACAAGAAAAGAUCAAACCCCAAAGCGAAACCAUAUCUCCAAUUUGUCAAGAUUCCUAUAAUUGUUCAGAGGUGGUCUUCCUUCAUUUACUAAAAUAGCAUUGUUAUAACCAUUCCAGCUCUGUAUAUAGUAUGUAUAGAAGACAUCAUUACUAAAAGCACUGUAGGUGAAUUGUUCUGUCAAAUUUAUAUCUUAUGGACAUUUUUAGCUGUUUUCUACAUCAUAAAAAUGGAGGUAACAUGCUGAACCUGUAUAUAAGCCUUUUGUACAU